GUUGCAUUAAAACUGUUAAAGCCAUAACCCAGGACAGGAGGGAAUUAAAUGUAGCCAUAGUAAGCUUAGAAGGAAUUUUUUCUGACUUUUAAGCAAUUGUGCUUGAUUUAUACCACUCAUGCCCAAGUGGUAGCGAAUCGUCGGUACUUUGCAGGUAUGUCCAAAAAGGAUAUAGACCAAGGAUGGGCUUGGGUAGUUCUGGUAGCAGCCGCUACUAGCUUGGGAUUAUGUUCCAUGGCAACAGCAUCUAUAGGAAUAUUCCAGGCUGAAUUUCUGGAGAGUUUUGACGGAACGAGGAGUUAUAUAACUCUGGUGUGUUCAAUUCAUUCAGGAUUACAACUAUUUUUAGGACCAGUUGCUAGUAUAAUUUGUAAUGCAUUCUCCAUUCGUGUAGGCGCCAUGUUCGGAUCUAUGGUAUUUUCACUAGGUCUAGUACUUUCAUCUUUAUCGUCAACAUUUGAAGAACUGCUGCUGUUUUUUGGUGUAAUCGCAGGCUCCGGAUUCGGAAUAAUGUAUACAUCGGUUAGUGUUAUAACUAGUCAUUAUUUUCAUGAAAAAAGACUCAUAGCGUGCGGUAUAACAUUUGCCAGUCCUGGCUUAGGUUACCUCGCUGGUCCAUCUUUAACACGAUAUCUUAUCACAAACGUAGGCUGGAGGUCCACAUUGGGUAUCAUCGGAUGUUUCGUCUCUCAGGUCUGCGUCUUAGGGGCUCUCUUUUUCCCAAUAGACGAAAAACACAAAAACGGAUGUAAAUCAGUCUGCCAAAGAAACAAGAAAAAUGUAAAAAUCCGGAAGGAUGAUAGGGCGGUGGGCGUUCCACUAACAAGAGAUUUUAGUCCAAAGAGAAUUCAGGAGUUGAAAAGUGAAAGUCAUUUAGAAAUACCGAAAUAUAACAAGUCCGAUGAACAACAACAGAACAAAAAUAACAAUAUGACCCUAAGCAAUUGUAAUUCGGAAUACAACAACUAUAAUAAUUCAAAUGAAAGUCUCUCUUAUCCUACAGUGCCAAAUUCCUUACCAGUUGGAUUUAACUCGCCGACUCUAUCUGCACAUAAACCCUUUAGCAGGAAGGGAUUUAAUACUAGUUUAAGUUCUGUGAAUUCACAUAAUAUUCAUGAGCGAUAUAUCACUGUAAAGGAUGGGGUUUCGAUAUCAAAACCUGACGGUAGAUUUAUUACAAGUAUUCAAACCCUGUCUCCGCUUAGUCAUGGUCAUCGACACAUUUCCGGCAGUUUAAUAUGGGAGUCACACUGGAGUAUGCAGCACGUUGGUAAUUAUUUAGCCGAAGCUGACGAUGCUGAAGAAUUCGGGAUUCUUCCAGAAGAUUCCCCAAAAUCUACUUGCAAACCUGAUUUUAGUGUUCUCAAAAACAAAGCUUUGUGGUGUCUUAGCUUAAGUCAAUUCUUCCUUAUAUGUGGAUAUGGAAUAAAUUUCAUUCACUUUCCUUCCAUGGUAGUAGCUAAUGGAAUAGAUAUAUCUGUGGUUCCAGAACUGUACAUGACUCAAGGUGUUGCGCUCAUAAUAGCUCGUCUAAUGGGUGGAUUAUUCGCUAGUCAUCCCGACAUUAACAUUCUUCUUGUAAGUUUUGGCUGUCAAGUGCUCGUGGGAGCACUAGUGUUUUGUGUACCCUUUCUUGGUAGUAAUAUAUGGGCGUAUCAUCUGUACGUAAUUUUUUUCGCAAUGUACUAUGGAGGCACUUAUGUAGUUCUUACUCAAAUUGUGAUCAAGAUCUUAGGAUUACAACACUUAGCUACUGGGUUUGGACUGCAAAUGAUGAUGGCAGGGACAUCAUUUUUUAUAACACCAGCAUUAGGAGGUUGGCUUUAUGACAUUACAGAAUCUUAUGCUUUUGCAUACCAUUUUGCAGGUGCAGUUAUGUUCGGUGGUGCAUUUUUUGUAUUGAUGAUACAAGUUAUCGAUCCAGUAUCAUUUAUGGACGAGCCACCUGAGGAGAUUGUAAUAGGAAGUGAAGAAAUAAACACAGAGAAACAAGAAUGAUGACCGAUGCUGGUAUUGGUGUUAACUAAUACCUAAGACGAUCGCUAUUAUUCAAAUGAGAAAACGUCGAAGUUAUGAUGAUUGUAUCUGUACACUUAACCGGGUGAUAAAUAUAUUGACACACAACGAGUUCUUUAAUUCCGCGUCCGGGUGUCCACCCAUUCAACAGCUCAGCGAGUAAGGCUCUGGAUUUUCCGACGUGGAUGCUGUGAUGCAGUACAGCGUCUAGUCGUUCGGAUGAGACCAAAACCCGAGGUCCGUCUUUUCACUUGAAAGUCGGAAUUCAAUUGCUGCCCGGGCAAAAUUUCCAACAUGGUACACUGUAUUGCGUGUGCCCAUCGUCAUUAGCUCGGUUGGUGCAGAAAUAUGGGACGGUAAACCCCAUUUCGUUCAUGCAUUCUGAAUUUUAUUAAUCACUCCUGUACUAUUUGUUACACAAUCAUGUAUGGCAUGAGAUGCCUUUGAGAAGCUUCGAAAUCAGAAACCAUAUUAUAGUGGGCUGUUAAUUUCUUUCAGUUUGAAAGCAAAACGUUUGAUUAUGUGUCAAAUAAACAAUUUACUGGGCUCUAAAUGUACUUCUAGAGAUACGAAUGGAGAGAUAGUCAUUAUAAUAUAUGUAUUCUGUUAUAUGUACAUUACCAAUUAAAAUAUGUAAUAUAUGUAUCACGACACGUUUAUAUUAACCUUGUGUGGCAAUUAACGAUUUUUCAUACAAUAUCAGUUGCAUAAUGCUUAGAUAUUGGUAUGUUAAACCUGUUACAGUGUAUAUGUUACAGUCAAUGUCUACAAUCAGGCAAUGUGUACAAUGCCUGAAAUAUACCAGUCAAUGUGUACAUUGCAGGGUUCGGGUUAGGGUUAGGGUAAGGGUUGGGUGGGGGUUAGGGUUACAAAGGCAUUGUACACAUUGCCUGAUUGUAGACAUUGACUGUAACAUAUACACUGUAACAGGUUUAACAUUGCCUGAUUGUAGACAUUGACUGUCACAUAUAUAAAUAAAACGGUUUAUAUUAAACUUGGAUCUAUAAUUACUGAUUGAACUGAAAAUUGGUAGAAUUAACGAAUAAAUUAAAAACCAUUCGUGCAAAGACAGGACACCACUCCCUCUAUGGAUUCUGUCUGGUAAAAUUUGCCUACUUCACCAUUUUUCAACGUAAUUAUGCAUGGUCUCUUCAAAAUUGGUGUCAAAUGUUAGUUUGAUACACACCCUUUUAAAUAAAAUAAAAAAAAACCCAACUGGUGACUAUUUUGAUUGUCUAGGAGUUCGAUGAAACUAAAUAUUAAAUCCUGCCUUAAAUGUAUAUUUUGGUGACUAUCCCAACAAUUAAAGGUGAAAUGGACACAUUCGAACGACUUGAAUAACGAAUUUGAAAUAAUCAUGAUUAUAAUUCGUAUGUGUUUCUUGUGAAUUAAUGUUUUUCUAAAACUUUUAUUGGAAAUAACUACAUGAUAAGUAUUGUCGUGGGGAUGUAUCUUUAAACAUUAUGUAUUUGAUGAACAGGUUUAUAUGAAAUCAUUAUUGUCCAUCAUAUAGAAGGAAACUGUAUAGCCUUAAGUUUCCAUACAAAAUAGAAUUUGGAAGGUAUAAGGGGGUCAGAAAAAUAUCUCUGUGUACCUGUUCGUGUUGAACCCUGUUUAGAUAUUAUAAAUGCAAGGGUAAAGUUAACUAGUAUCGUGUAGAAGGCACGAAAAGCAAUCCACUGCCAUGGUUAAAACAAUGUACUUGUAUGUAUUAUGUUAUAUUUGUUGAUUAAUAUAAAUGUGAAUAUAUCUAUCUCUAAAAUGGUGUUCUGAUAGAAAAUGCCAUAUAAUGCGCUCAUGUUAAAAUAUGUACAUAAUCGCGUUAAAACAAAGUAACAAAAUCGCCCCUGAUUUAAACAUGCAUUAUUGAUUAGACAAAUUAUUAAUUAGACAUUACUUAACUUAUCCAGACCAUAAUAAACCCUCGAUGUCAUCGCUAGACUGCGAUAUUUACUGGAUUAGGAUUCGAUCUUCUGCU